CAUGCGCAUGUUGCCCAUUUUUCUGCGAUAGCAUACCGCCAGGAAGUCUUUACAAAGCUUGUUUUCUGUUUAACUUAGUGUACAGAAACAUUAAAUUCAGUGCAGAGCCUUUGAUACGCCAGAUUAAACAAAUUAGUUUUGGAAUCGGUAUCUUUGCAUAUACGGUCAAAAUCUGAAUAAGCCAGAGGGAAGUUGCAACUUAAAGGGUUAGACUAAACAGUGAGUUGAAUGGAGCUUCAAAUGUUUUAGCUAGCUAGGUAGCUAAUGUUAAUAUUAGCUAUGUAAUUUUCGAGCUGUUAAGCUACUCGCUUAACAUUUAUUUGAUUCUUAACACGAUCCGGAGAAAACGCGAGGAUGAAGAUAUUCUCCUUCUCGCACAAGACCGCCUUCGUGGUGGACCACUGCCCGUACAUGGCCGAGUCCUGUCGGCAGCAGGUGGAGUUCGACCUGCUGACCAAAAACCGCUCGCAGGGCGUGAUCCCGCUGGCGCCCGUGUCCAAGUCGCUGUGGACCUGCGCCGUGGAGUGCUCGAUGGAGUACUGCAGAAUACUGUACGACAUAUACCCCACAAGAAAACUGGUGAACUACAUCGUUAGCGACUCGGAGUUCCACGUCCUCAACAGCUGGAAUCAGGAAGACCAGAACACUCAAGAGCUGAUGUCGGCGCUGGCGGCGGUGGGGCCCCCGAACCCGCACGAGGACCCCGAGUGCUGCAGCAUCCUGCACGGCCUGGUGGCGGCGGUGGAGUCGCUGUGCAAGGUGACGGAGUACCAGCAGCAGGCCCGGGCCCGGCUCAUGGACACGGCCGAGCGCGUCUGCAACAGGGGCCGCAUCAUCUGCCUCACCAACGCCAAGAGCGACACCCACGUUCGGAUGCUGGAGGACUGCGUGGUGGAGACCAUCCAGGAGCAGAACAAGCUGGCGGCGGGCUCCGACAGGCUCAUGCAGAUUCAGCAGUGCGAACUGGUCCUGAUCCACACCUACCCGCUGGGAGAGGACACUCUGGUGUCGGACCGGCCCAAGAAGGAGAUCUCCCCUGUGCUGAGCAGCGAAGUGCAUAGCGUGCGAGCAGGCCGCCACCUUGCCAGCAAGCUCAACAUCCUGGUGCAGCAGCACUUUGACCUGGCCUCCACUACAAUCACCAACAUCCCAAUGAAGGAAGAACAGCACGCGAACACCUCGGCCAAUUACGACGUAGAGCUGCUGCACCACCGAGACGCGCACAUGGAGUUCAUCAAGAGCGGAGACCUGCACCCGGCCGGCAGCACCAGCCGGGACAGCGGGCUGAAGGAGACGGUGACGCUGAAGUGGUGCACCCCUCGGACCAACAGCGUCGAGCUGCACUACUGCACUGGAGCCUACCGAAUCUCGCCAGUCGACGUUAACAGCCGGCCUUCCUCUUGCCUGACCAACUUCCUCCUGAACGGCCGUUCGGUGUUGCUGGAGCAGCCUCGGAAAUCGGGGUCGAAGGUCAUCAGUCACAUGCUCAGCAGCCACGGUGGGGAGAUCUUCCUGCACGUGCUCAAUAGCACCCGGUCCACGCUGGAGGACCCGCCUUCCAUCAGCGAGGGGUGCGGGGGCAGAGUGACGGACUACCGCAUCACUGACUUUGGGGAGCUGAUGAGGGAGAACCGGCUGACUCCCUUCCCAGAGUCCCCGGCUGCCGGGGCUGGUGGGAAGGUGCCCUUAGAAAGAGCCAAGGCCCAGCUGGAGCGACACACCCGAUACUGGCCCAUGAUCAUCUCCCAGACCACCAUCUUCAACAUGCAGGCGGUGGUUCCCUUGGCCAAUCUGAUAGUGAGAGAGAGUUUGACCGAGGACGACGUGCUGACCUGUCAGAAGACCGUGUACAACCUGGUCGACAUGGAGAGAAAGAACGACCCGCUUCCUGUCUCCACCGUCGGGACCAGAGGCAAGGGGCCUAAAAGGGACGAACAGUACCGUGCCAUGUGGAACGAGCUGGAGGCCCUGGUGCGGACCCACGUGGGGGGCAGCGAGCGCCACGCCCGCGUGCUGGAGUGCGUGAGCGCCUGCCGCAGCCGCCCGCCCGAGGAGGAGGAGCGCAAGAAGAGGGGGAGGAAGAGGGAGGACAAGGAGGAGAAGCAGGAGAGGAACGGCAAGGAACCUGAGCCGGAGAAGAGCUGGCAGGAACCGGGAGAGAGGCUCAAGGGGGCGCUAGAGCGUGAGAAAGAGGAGCUUGCAGAGUCGGAAGUCAUCAAGGACUCUCCAGACUCCCCGGAGCCACUGAACAAGAAGCCCCGCCUGACCGUGGAGGAGAGCCAGCCCCCCGAGAAAGUCAAAGGUCCCAUGUCGCUGCUCACGCUGUGGACGAACAGGCUCAACACGGCCAACUCGCGCAAGCACCAGGAGUUCGCCGGGCGGGUCAACUCCGUCAACAGCAAGGCCGAGCUCUACCAGCACCUCAAAGAUGAAAACGGAAUGGAGACGUCGGAAAACGGGAAAACCAACAGGUGACGCAGUUUUCCCCGUCCGCCGCCUCCCGCUCGCCAGCACCGCUCGGAAAGCUGCGUCUGCGUGACCGUCACAGGAAAUACUUCACAAUCCAGCGGCGUUUCUUCCCUCAUACUUUUAAUCUCCGUGCUGUACAGUCCGCCGGGCACGUCAGCAAGAUCGAGCCGUAGCUUUUUAAGACAUUUUUUUAACACACUUAUGUUUAUACUGAUGAAUUUCGAUAUUCUGAGAAAUAAAAUGAAUUCUGUCUGUG